AUGGCUUCCGUACCUGUUGUCGUGAAGCAUCAGGGCAAGAAAUAUGAAGUAGAGGUCGAUCCCGAAUCCACAGGCCUGGACUUCAAGCUCCAGCUCUUCAGCCUUACCAACGUCGAACCCGAACGCCAGAAGAUCCUCAUCAAGGGUGGCCAGCUCAAAGAUGACGCCAACAUGGGCAAGCUGGGCCUCAAGGCCGGUCAGAACAUCAUGAUGAUGGGCAGCCCAGGAGGGAGCGCCGGCGAUCUGGUCCGUCCAGCGGAGAAGAUCAAGUUUGUCGAGGACAUGACCGAGGCCGAGCAGGCCCAGCAGGUCGGCGCCAUCCCCGCCGGCCUUGUCAAUCUCGGAAACACCUGCUAUCUGAACUCGACUCUGCAGACGCUUCGUUCCAUCCCCGAACUCCAGACCGCGUUGACCACAUACAACCCAACGACGGGCACGGCGCGGGCCGACUUGGCUGCCCAGCUCUCCGCCUUAUACAAGACCAUGGGUUCUACGCAAGAGUCCAUCCCUCCCAUGAGCUUCCUGUCGGCGCUGAGGCUCGUAUUCCCUCAGUUUGCUGAAAAGUCCAAGAGCGGCCCUGGAUAUGCCCAGCAAGAUGCCGAAGAGGCAUGGUCUCAGAUCGUUCAACAGCUGGGCCAGAAGGUCACGAUCAAGACGUCCCCCGAUGCGCCCGGUGUUUCUUUCGUCGACAAGUACAUGGCAGGGCAGUUCACCUCCGUCCUCGAGUGUGAUGAAGAGGAAGCCCGGAAUGGUGGCGAACAGCCCAUUGUCUCGAGAGAUACCUUCUACAAGCUUGACUGCCAUAUUGACAGUCAGACAAACCACCUGAGAGAUGGCCUCCUGGCCGCCCUAAGCGAGAAGCUGGAGAAGAGGUCAGAGGUGCUUGGCCGUGACGCCACUUAUACCAGGACAUCCAAGAUAUCCCGAGCUCCCAAGUACCUCACCAUCCACUUUGUACGCUUUUUCUGGAAGAAGGAAACCAAGAAGAAGGCCAAGAUCAUGCGCAAGGUCACGUUUCCUCAAGAGCUGGAUAUUGUUGAGUUCUGCUCAGACGAGCUGAAGUCGGCUCUGAUACCAGUCCGCGACAAGGUCCGUGAGGUUCGCAAGGAUGAAGAGGACAUUGAGCGUGCCCGCAAACGCCGGAAGAAGACGCACGACAAGGAUAUGAGUGAUGUUGCCGGUGGCUCUGGCCUGCCUUCGGAAAAGGAGUUGAAGGAAAAGGAGAAGAAGGAGAAGGAGAAGAAGGAGAGGCAGGGCGAGACCAGCAAGUCGCAGCAGGCAGGUGACGGUGAUACCGUCAUGGGCGAGACCUACAAGACAGAUGCUCAGGUGGAGGCGGAGAGCGAAGCCGCUCUUCUGUCCGCCAAGAAGGAGCUCAACGCCCUGAUAGAUCCUUCUCUGCGUGAUGACGAUGGUGCGAACCAGUCAGGCCUCUACGAGCUCCGCGGCGUCGUCACCCAUCAGGGCGCCAGCGCGGAUAGCGGUCAUUACACGGCAUACGUGAAGAAGACGGCAGCUGUGGAUCCCAAAACGGGCAAGAAGGAAAAGGAAGAUGGUAACUGGUGGUGGUUCAAUGACGACAAAGUAACUGAGGUGACCGUCGACAAGGUCGAGGCCUUGGCCGGCGGUGGCGAGUCCCACUCAGCGUUGAUCCUACUGUACAAGGCGAUUCCUCUGCCAAGCUCCGAGGGCAUCGAAGACUAA